AUGCGGCGGGGGAUUAGGUUAUUCGCAAGGUUUAUUUGGAACAUAAAAGGCACAGUCACUCUAAGAAAAGCAAGGGAUGUUGCCAUGUUUCGUAAGCAUGAGUUGGUUGUUAAAAAUAAGCAUUUGGUUAAACAGGCCUGUAAUGCCAAGAAGUCAAGGGUGAAAAUUUCACAAACGUACAGUUGUAUUGCUCGAGAGAGGAAUGGGGUUGAUCAGUUGGCCUUUACGCAAAAAGAUUUGGAGAAUGCAGUUUCUGAGUUGAAGAAAUUGGAGUUGACCGAGGGUGACGCAAAUGGUAUGAUUGAGUAUUUCCAAAAAAUGAGUUCCGACAAUCAGAAUUUUUUCCACCUCUGUAGGUUUGGGAAGGAUGGUGCAUUAUUCCAUUUCCCAUUUGCUGUCUUUCUUGGGGUUAACCAUCAUGGGCAGAGUAUAUUGUUAGGUUAUGCGUUGAUUUCCCGUGAGACUGUCGAGACGUGGUGCAUAUGGCAUAUUUUGCAGAAGUUUGGAAAGUAUCUUGGGAAGUUGGAGAAAUAUGAAGAAUUGAGUGAUGAAUUGGAAAAUAUAAUAUAUGGGAGUUUAGUUCCUGAGGAGUUUGAUGAUCGUUGGAUGGAUGCAAUUGAGCACUAUAAGUUGCAAAAAAAUAGUUGGCUUGAAGGUGUGGUAUUUGAAGAAUGUGAACUUAUACUUUAUGGUUGUUGUUGUGGUGAUCAUAGACUUAAAAGUUUGUACUUGGAAAGACAUAUGUGGGUGCUAGCAUACUUGAAACAUCUGUUCUGGGCAGGGAUGAGAACGACUCAGAGGUCCAAGAGUUUUAAUCAUUUUUUUAAAGGCUAUGUUGACAAGAACACCACUUUGUCAGAGUUUGUGCUCCGAUAUUGUGAUGCCAUGCAGAUUAGAGCCGAAGCAGAAAGAAUUGCGGACUCUAACACGCUUCGAUAUGUUCGGGAAUUAGCAACAGCAUUUCCUGUCGAGGAGGUGUUCCAAAAGUGCUACACGGACUCAAAAUUCAAAGAAGUCCAGCAGGAGUGUAAAAAAAUUUUGUAUGUGCGUUGUAUAGAUCAAAUAGAAAUUUCUGACAAACUUGUGGAGUACAUUCUUGAAGAUCGUGUUUGGAUCAAGCCGAAGAAUGCGAGGAAGGAGAGUGUAACGAAAAUUCGUAGAUGUUACAGGGUUAUGUAUGAUAGUAGUACAUUUGAGGCACCGUGUGACUGUAAGCAUUUUGAAUGCCAUGGAAUAAUUUGUCGGCAUAUGAUCUUUGUGUACGAUCUUUCUGGUGUAGGUAUAGUACCUGAGAAAUACAUUCUUCGCCGUUGGAGGAUAGAUAUGCAGAGAAAGCAUACAAGAGUGAAAGUGGCAUACCAUGACCCUCUCAAGACAGAUGAGAGUGGACGAGGUAAUUGCUAUGGUCGAAAAAAGCGAAAACAGGAAAUGGAGGAAAAUGGUAAUGAACAACAGCAACUUGAGGAUGAGGCUGGGCGUGAGAAAGAUUUGGUACUUACCCCUUCAUCUGUGGGACAGAACAAGGUAACACAUAACAGUGCACGUAACACAGCUCUUGUAACUCCAAGUAGUGCUUUUCAGGGUAGUUGUGAAGGGUCUUUUGUUGAUUUAUCAGGUGCCAUUCUUGAUCUAUCUGGUGCCAUUCCUGACCAAUCAAGUGUCACUCCUGAUCCACCAUUACCUAAGAAGAAGAAUCACAGGACCACUAAUAAAAGAUAUCCUUCAUGCACGGAGAAAAAGGGAAAAGAAAAGGCAGCAAGAGCUAAGAACGCAGCGAAGAAGCUAGCUGCUAAAAACAGCACCACUAGUGUCACAUUGUCCAGCCAUGAGUAUAUCAGGUCUGCUGGAAUGCACAUGACAGACCUUGAUGGUUCCAUAGCAAACUUCACUUGUACUGGGUACGGCAGUUAA